AAUUGGCCGGAGAUUAUGAUGAUGAUGAUGUCGUCGGCGUCGGCGUCGGCAUCGACAGACUGCAGCAGCAGCAGCAUGCAGGGAUCGACAACGAGCAGCGCCUCGAGCGACGUCAUGACGCUGACCACCACGGCGGCCUCCUCAUGGUGUGCAAUGCCGGCGAGCACGCGGCUGCGCGUGGUGCGCCUGGUGCGUCCGCAUCAGCGCCGACUGCUGGUGGUGCCGGAGCGCAGCGCCACGUUCGGGUUUGCGGUGCGCGGCGGCAAGGAGCACGGCAUCGGCUUCUUUGUCUCGCACGUCGAGCACGGCGGCGAGGCGCAGCUAAAGGGAUUGCGCCUCGGCGACCAGAUCUUGCGCAUCAACGGCUAUCGACUGGAGGAUGCGGUGCACAAGGAGUUCAUUCAACUGGUGGCCAGCCAGGAUCGGGUCACGCUCAAGGUGCGCGGCGUGGGCAUGCUGCCAGUCAAGGAUCAGCCGGAUGAGCGGCUGUCGUGGAACGUGGUGAAGCUGCCCAGCGUGAGUGGGACGCCCUCGGAGAGCUCGUUCAAGGCGUCGACGGAACGGCGCACGGCCAGCCGGGACAUCAAUGUGGUGCUGCAUGUGGCGCCACGCACCAAACUGGGCCUGGGCAUCUGCAAGGGGCCCGAGUGGAAGCCGGGCAUCUUUGUGCAGUUCACCAAGGAGCGGAGUGUGGCGCGCGAGGCGGGUCUGCGGCCGGGCGAUCAAAUUCUGAGCGUGAACAGCAUCGACUUCUCGGAUGUGCUCUUCAGCGAGGCCGUCGCCGUGAUGAAGGGCUCCAGCAAGCUGGACAUGGUGGUGCGCACCGCCGCCGGCUGUGAUCUGUUUCCCGGCGAAUCGAGCGGCUACAACAGCUCCGCCAGCUCCGUGACCGGCGAUCAGAGUCCCUGCUGGGCGGACGCCAAGUCUAAGCGCCUGACCGCGGUGCGCGAGGAGCCCAGCCAAGCGGCCGGCGCCGUCCACGUGCAGAAGCAGCUCAACAAGACGAUCAUCAAGCUGACCGAGAACGGCACCUCCAUCAACAGCACCUACAUAGCCAAUGCCAGUCAGCAGCAGCAGCAGCAGGAGCAGCUGUCGGUUAGCCGCAGCACCACAAUGCGACGCAGCUGCUCGGUUUCAGCGCCAGCUCCACCGCCGCCAGCGGCAGCUGCGCCUAGCAACGGCAACGCUGCAGCAGCUGGAGGAGGAGCAGGAGCAGGAGCUGGCGCCAGCAACAGCAGCAGCCUCUCCAGUGCCAUAAACGAGGAGCUCAAGAAGCGCAAGGAGAAACAGCAGCAGCAGCAUCUGGUGGGGCAGCGGAGCAGCUGUGGCAGCCACUUGAGUCGCGAUCGCGAUCGGGCCAGAGAUCGCGAUCAGCGAACUGAAGAACGGCCGCACAAUGGCGCCGGCCGCGGCAACGUUGCACAAGUGUCGCACAAGCGCGAACGCAACACAAGCGCUGCCGGUGCAGCGACGGCGACGUCGACGUCAACGUCGACUUCGAAUGCGACGUCGACAGCGGCUGGCGUUGGCGAUCAGCACACGGCGCUGAUGGAUGAAUUUAAGCGCGCGCAUCAGCGCAUGUUCAGGAACGGGUUCCAUGAGAGCGAGCACAAGGAGCGCGGCGAGACGCUGAAGCGCACCUCGAUUAUGCCCGAUGAUAGCUGCUAUCGCAGCAACAACAACAACAGCAACAGCAACAAGAGCCACAAUAAUAAUGGCAACAAUAUUGCCAACAACGGAAGCAAUCGUAUGUCGCUGCUUAACGGCAGCAACAACUACAACAACAACAACCACAACAACAACAGCAACAACCACAACAACAACAACAAGAGCAACAACGUGAAUGGCACGCCGGAAUUACCGCCGCCGCCGCCACAGUUUGCCAAUCCCCAAAAACAACAACAGCAGCAGCAGCAGCCGCCGCCGCCACCGCCGCAGCAGCAGCAGCAGCAGCUGAAGCUAAACAUAGCCAAUGGCAAUGGACAGCAACUGGCCGCCAGGAGCAAGCAGCUGACGUCUCCGUUGUCGCCCGUGCGCAGUCCCAGCAUCAAUGUGGGCGGCUUUCGUGCGCCAGCCACGCCCCAGCCGGACUACGAGGCAGCCAGCGUGCAACUGCGCAGCAAUGGACAGCCAGCAGCAGCAACAACAACAAAUGGCAGUCAGCAGCAGCAGCAGCAGCAGCAGCAGCGACUCACGCUGCGGCAUGGAGCGGUAACCAUAGGCGAGUACGGGGAGCAGCGGGGCAAGCGUGAGACGCUGCGCAAGAUGCCAGCGAAUGCGAAUGCGAAUGCGAAUGCGAUUACGAAUGCAAAUGGCAGCGUCCAGACGAACGGCAUACUCAAGAAUGGCAGCCGCAGCAGCAACAGUUUCGUCGGCAGCAGCAGCAGCUACAACAACAACAACAACAAGCAAUCGAUUGCGUUCAAUUGCCGCCUCUCAUCGCGAGUUUGA